AUGAAAAUUUUAGACGAAAUCAAGAAACAAGUCGAAAUGGAAAUGUAAAAAAUAAAGAAAGUAUAGCCUACUCGCAUUCAUCAACCUCUUAAUUCUUAAUAAAAAAAAGACCUCAUCAUUCUAAUUAAUAAAGGUGUUUAAUUAAAAGAUGCUGCCCGAGAAUUGAAGGUCACGUACCAUGAAGCCAAAAUCGCUUAUAAUGAGUAUCGUCGUAAGGCUCUCAGUAGCCAAAGUGAGACCGAAUCUACAAUUCCUGACACCCGAACUGCUGGCGUGAGUUUGUUGAGGGUGCCUCCUCAUCAUUUCAUUGUCUAGAGUGUAGUUGAGAAUACUAUUACGUCUGUUCGUAAAUUGUACAAUGUAAUAGUUUAAAAUCCAAUACUCAACUCAAAUAUAUGAUGAUAUUUAAUUUGUUAUUUCUUCUUUUAACACAUUC